CGUAUUGGGGUGAUUGUGGUGGCUGGGGACAGGAGUAUACGCGUAUUAUGGUGAUCGUAGCGGCUGGAGGAAGUUGGUCUGCUGGGGUGAUAAUUGUGGCGGCUCGCGGGAGGACUGACAUAGAUAUUGCCUGAUAUUGCGACUCGUAGAUAUACAGUGAUUAGGCGGAAUGGACGAGGAGGCCGUGGGUGUCGGGGAUAUACUGGAGGGGUGGCGUCGUGGCGUCUGGCCGGAUGAAUCGAUAUUGGUAUAUUCAGAUGGAACGGUGGCCAUGGCGGUGCCUUUCAGAUGGAAUGGCGGACGUGGUAGGACCAUGAUGUGCGCCGGCGAUCUUUAAUACGUUCAGUAUGAAGAUGGAUAUGAGGACGUGAAAAUAUGUCGUGAGUUAUUUUAUGUGUAUUUUUGGAACAAUUAUUUUGAGGAGCAGGCAAGAAGGGAAAGCGAAUGAAGCAUGCACGGGGAAUAUCGAAGUGCUUACCCUGUGGCUGUAUAUCUAUAUGUGGGAUCGGGGAAAUGUUUAUCUUCCAAGAAGAAGCAUUGCUGUUGGUGUUGGAGAGGAGAUGGAGAACAAGAGGUUGAUGCUACUCUGCGUUGCUCUCGAGGUAUUUUGAUAUAAUGAUAGAUGAGUACUAUGAAACUGAAACAUCUUCAGUAGAACCAGAAGAUUCAGCUUCAGGGCUCAGAUUUGGGCUCCUAUUAAGGGUAACCUGGAAGUUAUACUGUUAAUCUUAAUGGAUGGCUUGUCUACAUCCAUGGUCGAAAGACUACAUCAUCGAGAUGAUCUAUGUAUUGAUCGUCUCAGUGUAGUGCUCAUACUCAUUGUCGGCUGCUUAAUAUACUUUCUCUAGUGCACCAUCAAAUUCAAACAUUUUUUACAUGCGCGUUCCUUCGUUCCCAUUUUCACAGUAUGAACAUGAUCAUCCUCUUGUCACUCUCACAAAAUGCAUGUUGUUCAUCUCCCAACUUCUCACCACAUCAAGGUUGACUCGCUAACUCGUACACGUUUACCAGGGCACCGAAGCUCGUAA